UCUUGGCUCCAAAGCUGAAGACCGUCUAUUCCGGAGAAUAUUCCGCCGAUAUAAUCAAUACAUUAGGCCGGUGGAGAAUGUCUCUGACCCGGUGACAGUGCAGUUCGAGGUCUCCAUGUCUCAGCUGGUCAAAGUGGAUGAAGUCAACCAAAUAAUGGAGACAAAUCUUUGGCUGCGGCAUAUCUGGAAUGAUUACAAAUUCCGAUGGAAUCCAGUUGACUAUGAUGGAAUCAAGUACAUCCGAGUUCCAUCUGACAAGAUUUGGAAACCAGAUAUUGUGCUGUAUAACAAUGCGGUUGGAGGUUUCCAAGUUGAAGAUAAAACCAAGGCCCUUCUUAAGUAUGAUGGCACUGUUACCUGGAUGCCUCCUGCUAUUUUCAAAAGCUCUUGUCCAAUGGACAUCACCUAUUUUCCCUUUGACUAUCAGAAUUGUUCAAUGAAAUUUGGAUCGUGGACCUAUGACAAAGCUAAGAUUGACCUAGCAAUCAUAGGAUCCAAAGUAAAUCUGAAGGACUUCUGGGAGAGUGGCGAAUGGGAGAUCAUUGAUGCCCCUGGAUAUAAACAUGAACUUAAGUAUAAUUGUUGUGAAGAGAUUUAUCCAGACAUCACUUACUCUUUCUACAUACGUAGACUACCUUUGUUUUACACUAUCAACCUGAUCAUUCCCUGCCUAUUAAUCUCUUUCUUAACUGUUCUAGUUUUUUAUCUGCCCUCUGACUGUGGGGAAAAGGUCACUCUCUGCAUAUCUGUCCUCCUCUCUUUGACAGUAUUUCUGCUGGUUAUCACUGAAACUAUCCCUUCCACCUCACUGGUGAUCCCUCUGAUUGGCGAAUACCUCUUAUUCACAAUGAUUUUUGUGACUCUCUCUAUCAUCAUAACGGUCUUUGUCCUGAACGUCCAUUAUCGAACACCAACCACCCACAUCAUGCCAGAGUGGGUUCAAAAAGUCUUCUUGGAAUUCCUACCCAAAGUUAUGUUGAUGAGGAGGCCUUUAGAAGGAAAGAAAGCUGAGAAAUUAAGAAGCAGGCAAAGGAAGGAUAAAUGUACCCGGAAAGAUUGUGCCAGCCAUCUGGAAUAUGAUAACUUCAAGUCGGCCAAAGAUCAGCUAAGGUCCUGCUGCUUGUACUGCAAGGAGCCCAUGAGCACUGUGACCUCUAACCUGCGAGGUCAAAUCAGUCCUCAGUCACUUAACUCUCUGCUGAGUGUCUCAAUUCUUUCUUCUGAAAUUCAACAGGCAAUAGAGAGUAUCAGAUAUAUUGCAGACAACACAAGAAGUCAGAAUGAAGCCAAAGAGGUGGAGGAUGAUUGGAAAUAUGUGGCUCUGGUAAUUGACAGGAUAUUCCUGUGGGUUUUCACAUUAGUUUGUGUUCUGGGAACUGCAGGAUUGUUUCUACAGCCAUUGAUGGCUACAGAGUAAUUAUGUAGCAUUUGAUAUCUUUUAAAGUCAUUGGUGUUAAG